GUGAUCCCUGAGAACCCGCAUAUUUCCAGAGGCUUUUUGGGACCCUAGUCGAAGAGCUUUUUCUUAACGAAUUUCUUAAUUUUGAAGCCUGAGCGGAAACUAAAAAGCGCACGCAGCCCAAUUUCCUGAGGACCGAGAUUGCGACGAACAACUAGGAAGCGGUCGGCCGGGAGCUGUCCCCGGUUCUCCGUUCUGCUCUCGAGGGUGCCUCCCGGGGUCCCUCCACCGUGUUCCCCUGUCCCGCGUGGCCCCUGCCACGACCUAGCCUCCGGCCUGGGCUCAUCACUCCGGAGCCGCCAUGUCGUCUGACUUCGAAGGCUACGAGCAGGACUUCGCGGUGCUCACUGCGGAGAUCACCGGCAAGAUUGCGAGGGUACCCCGACUGCCCCCUGAUGAGAAGAAGCAGAUGGUUGCAAAUGUGGAGAAACAGCUCGAAGAAGCAAAAGAACUGCUUGAACAGAUGGAUUUAGAAGUCCGAGAGAUACCCCCCCAAAGUCGAGGGAUGUACAGCAACAGGAUGAGAAGCUACAAGCAAGAAAUGGGAAAACUUGAAACAGAUUUUAAAAGGUCACGGAUCGCCUACAGUGACGAAGUACGGAAUGAGCUCCUAGGGGAUGAUGGGAAUUCCUCAGAGAACCAGUUGAUAAAAUUACGUGAAGAGAGGGCACAUCUGCUCGAUAACACAGAGAGGCUGGAAAGGUCAUCUCGGAGACUAGAGGCUGGAUACCAAAUAGCAGUGGAAACCGAGCAAAUUGGCCAGGAGAUGUUGGAAAACCUCAGUCACGACAGAGAAAAGAUACAGAGAGCACGUGAAAGACUGCGGGAAACAGAUGCUAACUUGGGGAAGAGCUCCAGGGUUCUGACAGGGAUGUUGCGAAGAAUCAUCCAGAACCGCAUCCUGGUCGUCAUCCUAGCCAUCAUCCUGGUCAUCACCAUCCUGACAGCGAUCACUUUUUCUGUCAGAAAACGCUGAUGUGUCUGCUCUUCCUUGAUAAACAGCAACCAGCAACAACGGCUUGUUCUGAGUAAUUAAGACAAAAUGGUCACAUGAAUCAUUCUUUCUCGCUGACAGGCCCUGAAUGACCCUCCCUCUCUCUCGCCACUGUUCAGCUGAAGUGCAAAAAGUGUAAAAAUAUUUUCUAUUCCUGUGUGCAUGUGGGUGGGUUUCUUUUUCUAGGUUUGUCUUCACCCAGAUUUGUUUUUAUAGGGGAAGGUGAUGUUUAUUUGCCGUUUGGUAACUUCAUCUCCCAACCAAAACAGCCUUGGUGACAGUCUUCCUUGCCCUGUGGACAUGUCAGGGGUCCUAGUUUGGGAGAGGGCAUGAUGAGUCAGUGAUGGGGCUUCUGAUGGGCUGUGCUGUUUGUCAUACACCUCUUGUCACCGACUUGCCCUUCUGUGAUGUCCGAGGAUAAAAAUGCAGAGAAAAGCAGAGGCCAGAGCCAGUGACCAGCUCCAGGAGACCAGCCCUGUUUCUCCCCAGGCGUAAUGCAUAGAGGCAAUGUGUCUCAGUGCUUUCAUUGUAAAGGUGGAUAUGUCAUGUCAGUUGUGCAGGAGAUUGACUUAGGAUGUUCCCUGUUUUUUCUAUGCAUAAUUUUUUUUUGGCCAAGAAUAUUUUUUGCUGAGGCUGCCCAAUAACCUCUUUUCACAACUUUGAUUACUGGCUACAAGAACUAUUCCCUUACAUUCCAAAAAUCCCAUACUGCCCAGAAUUUGCUGGCAAAGCGCGCCCUGACACGGUAUUUAAUUGUGACCUGCUCUCCCCUGACCUGUGUAAGCAUCUCUGUAUCCUUUCGGUCUUAAUAUUUGCACUGCCAAAAGCAGCCCUCCUACAUGCAAAAGGUCUGACAAGGUUCUCUCCACAUCCAUUCGAGUAUGUAAAGAGAACAUGAAUAUUUCAGGAAGAGCAAGAACAUGACGCUGUCAGUGUGAAAUUUCAAGUGAUUAUAAAUAUGGUAGAGUCCUAUAAGAUGAUCCGCUAGAAAUAAACUUUAUGGAGAAGAUUCACUAAUCUCCUGUAAAAGAAUAAGGGAUUGCAGCGUGUUACAAAAGGACAGCUUGGGUUUUUUACUAACAAAUGUCAGCAAAGGCUUCUUGACUUCACUAUGUAUUCAAACCUUUACCAUGCUUUGUGAUUUUCUGUGGUUUCUUUCUGUCCAAAGUAACUGGGAAUUGCGUUCAAAAUGAGUUCAUUUAUGAUCAGGCUUAAAAUUGCCCAAGCUGAGGUCAUUUUCCCCCUAGUCAUAAAGCAAAAUGUUUUUUUCUUAAGACUUCAUAGGCACUUACAGGGUCCAUACUGUCUUUUGAAUAUAAUUGGAAGCUUUGAAUCCUUGAAAAGCAAACCUGUUCUCUUCAUAAAAAUGCUAACCACCUGUGCCCAUGGAUUGAGAUCACCUGGCUGCAACAGUUCUUUUUUUUUUCCCCCCAACUCGGAAGAGAACCAUUAUGGUUUAGAGAGGAAAUGCAGAAUGGCGAAAUCCACCAGAGAAAUCGUACUUAUCGAAACAGGCCAGGGCCUGCAUGUGUUCAGAUAAAUCAUUUAGUAUUGUGUAAAUAAAGCUGCAGCCCUUACUUCGCAGGGACGGUGUGGGAUUUUGGCAGAGCGAAGUAGGACAGCGAAGGAGUGGGAAGGCUGUGCUGUUUUUCCUACCGGCUUAAGGGAUCUAUCUCAGCAAGAAUCUUUUAUUCUGAUAACGGAAUUCUGUAUGUGCUAAGCACAUCGAAGAAAACAUUAAAAAGCAAGGAAACAAACAAAUAAUCUUCUCCUCCUGAAACAGUAAUGGUGGGCAGGUAUUAUACCAUCCUCUCCGGUGGAUUCCUUUGAAACUGCUGAGCUUAGCUAAAGAAUAUAACCAGUUAUGAAGCUGCACCUCACACCUCCGGACUCUUCCCGAGGCCACCUGGCAAAGCAGGUUGAUCUGAUCAUCUAAACUUGCUGGCUCCUAAAUAUUUCAUUAAAACCUCGUGUUCUUGUUGAAGUGGAUGAAAUGAGGAGGGAGUGCAUCCUUCACGUCUCAGUGGCUUUUUCUUUGGGGUUCCAUCUCUUUCUCAGUGGUUGCCUGAGACUGUGCCGCAGUUCAGCCUUGGAAGUGGAAAGAAUAGGAACCGAUAACUGUUGGCCUGACAGCCCCAUCAGACCCACCUCAAGAGAGACCCCCUGGCCUGGAGUGCUUUGUAGGAAGCUGGUCCGAAGGCCCCUGAACUCCUACCUAGUCGUCCCAGAUGCUGCAGGACAGACUCAAAGGAGCCCCCAUGGAGGCAAAUUGUUCUCCCUUCUUCCCUGCCCCACCGGGGAAGGCAGAAAGCCUACAAACUCGAAGCGGGUCAUAGAUCUGCGAAAGGUUCUAGCAACUUCAUAUGUAGACUUCAAUUGAUGAAUAUUUCUAAAGUCGGAAGGCUUUGUUAAAAAGGAUGUUUGACGGGAAGAGGGGGUGCGGUGAAGAUGAAGAUGCAGAAGAGGAAGAGGAAGCCUUGCCAUAUAAAAUUCAUGCAGACUAAACAGUUGCCCUGACAGGAUAAAUAAAGCGGAUGCUCCCCUUCUCCAGAAUCAAAAGCAAUUUAAUUAAAGUCUCUUAAGUUGUAAAGAGUUUUAAAUGUUCCACGGUGAAGACGAAUGCCUGCAAAGGCAGCAGGCUUGACGUCAGCUGCCAGGCCUGGGCUGGGAGGCCAUUUGCUAUUCUGUUUAAGGCAGGCUGGAUUGUCUUAUUUUGGAACCAGCUUGGUGGGGGGUUUGCUUUGCUACUGCUUCUGAGCCCUGAGCUUCAAAGGCAGAAAUUAAUGGUGAACAAAAUUGUGCGGCUCUGGCCGUCCCAUGCGGGGCAAGCCCAUUGAGGGUUAUCAUUAAGUAAAGAAAUAAAGAGGGGGAAAAAGCCUGCCUGUUCCAGAAAGCUCAUCAGAUAAUGACCUCAGUGAUUGGGUUUUCAUUACCAAGCAGCAUCCAGAGAUUAUCUACCCCCUAGAAGAAGGGAGAGGGAAGAAAAGAAAGAAAGAAAAGCAACUCUCUUUCUCUCCCUCUCUUUCUCCUUUUUUUUUUUUUUUUGCACAUCUUUUCUUUAAAACUGUCAGAUCAUUUCAGUAUUUCAAAUCUGAGGAAAACAGCCUGCCUGCUGCUGUAUUUGAAGUUGUAAUGGUGUCAAAAAGUCACGACUGACUGACAGCCGUCAGUCCCAGAGGGGCUCAUUAAAUCAUAAAAACUUGACAAGGAAAUAAUUGCGCAUCACUAGCAACUUGGCGCCUGUUUAGACGUUUUUAUUUUCUUUCAUUAUUAGUCCCCACCAUUACGUUCAUUAACAAAUUGCAUUAAACAACUGUUAAGGGCUAAUGAUUUGUUUAUCGCUUUUUUUAUUAUUAUUAUUUAAACAUUAGCUGUGUCAUGUGGUACCCCAGCAGCCUCUUGCCAUCAUCUGACUGAAUAUUUUUCCACUCCGAGCUCUGGGUACUGUUGGAAUAUGAAAUAGAUUAUUCAUUACUCUCCUCUUUGCCACUGAUUUGGUUUCAUGUAGCGUCUUCCACAGAGAAAGAUGAAAACUUGUCAAAAAUAGGUUAUAUCUUAUUCGAAGGGGCAACAAUAGCAGCAGGUACAGGCACAUUUAAUAUUUAAUUAAGGUGGAUGUUAACCCCUUUAAAUGACUUUAGCUGUAAGUUCUAUUCAGAUGCAGAGGAGAAAAAUAAUUGUUCUUAAUUUGCGACCUAUUCAGCAAGCAUCCUUCAUGGAGUUAGGUGGAAAUUUAGAGCAGAAUUUUUAAAUAAUGAAAUGUCCCGUCAUAAAUAUUUAUGGCCGUUUGUCUACGUAGUUGAGAAUUAACUACGAGCAAUGAUUUCCUCAUUGCUUUGGUUUGAACUGCUAGCCUACUGGGGCACCCGGUGCUUGGGCUGGAGAUGGCUUUCCUGGGAGAAAUGUGUAUCCAGAGCCAAGGACGGUUGGUCGGUUGUGGCUGAGGCUGCUUUCAGAGGAACCACUGUGAGUCCCCUGUCUCUGGUGCACUUGCCUCCCCCUUUAGCUGAGUGUGUGGUUGGAAGACUGUGGUCUGGAGUGAGAGCAGGUAGGAACUUCUUAAAGAAACACUUGUGUAUCUGCUCCGCCAGUGCAGGGAGGGUGUGAUGGGGAGAUGUCUGGGGCGUCUCUGUGUAGUCAAUGAGCUCAUUGCAAACAGUGCUUCCCUCAUAGACAACAGGAGCAACGCUUUGCUGGGAUUGACCUUCUGCCUUUUUUCCUUUCUGUGACUUGCCAUUGGUGAAAUGAUCAGUUUUUCCAUGGGCUAUGAGCUUGACGGAAAAAGCUCCAUCAUCAUCACCAUCAUCCCAAGUCAGAAGUCAAUGGCAUUCUCUAUUCUGUAAUUGCUCUCUACAUCUGGUCACCCUGUUUGAUUCAAUGAGUUCAUGUAACCAUGGAAGCCACUCUCAGAGGCCUGGUUCAUUGGUACUUCAAGGCUGGGGUGUUCUGGUCAAUAUUAGGAGACAGGGAGUAUCUUUCUCCCAGCCUGUUUCUACUCCCACCCACUCAUCCCCAGAAAGACCAGUCUCCUUGAGCAGCUAUGCCAUGGAUGUGAAGGGGAGAGAUGGUACUUGUUCGUCACUUAGCACAGCAUCUCUCAGCAUUACCCACCUAAGGACAGAUGGUCCUACAGGAGCCAUCACACAGGAGAGGCCAAUCCAGCAGGCGUGAGCCAGGUGAGGCCUGGCCUCAAGCCUCAUCCGUCACUGUGGGUGUAGAAGCGGCAGACACACCAGGGUCUAGGGCGUCUCAAACCUCCAUUUCAGUCCACUCCAAAUUAGCCAUGGGACAACUUGCCACCUUUGGGAUGGCCUCCACACCUCAACAGAAGGUAUGCUCAGAGUCAUUUUUCCAGAAGGAAGGAGGGCUCUGUGGGAGGCCAUCCCCAGUCCAACUCCCAGAGACAUUGGUUGAGGCUACUGCCUGAGAAGAGACACCAGUCUUCAACUUGAGCCCUCCCUAUGGUGUAGCUCACUAAACUUAAACUAAACCCCAGGAAACAUUCUUGUUUAUGUGGCUUUGCUCUGCCUGCAGCCCACUGGGCUCAAACCAGUAGUACCUGUCAGAGGCCAUUCACAUUGUGUGACUAGUCAGGUGGCUCUUAGACAAGAUGUCAGCAUUUUUUAAAUAGAGCAAGUGACUGUGUGGACAGCUCAGAAAAGUUCUUGAAGCCAUAGGCACUGCACCCAAGAGGGGAGACAUUGAAGGGUAACCAAGAGCAGCCAGGCACGGGCAGAAUUGUGUGUGUGAUUGGAGCCAAGGCUGGAUACAGGGUCCUGAAAUGGGUAAUUGAGCCAGGGUCAGUGCCCUCUCCUGUUGUGGAGGAGGGAAGACACAGGGAGUGCUAAGAGAGACUGCCCAUCUCUGUUAGGAUUCCAGGUCAAUAACAAAGUGAAUGUUCCAGAGCCAGCUUACUAGAGGCAAAUAGGGUGAAAACAAAAUGGCAGGGCAAACCAAGAUGGUGGGGCAAAACCAAGAUGGCAGGACAAAUGGGUUGGGAAUGUAUGAGGAGAUGAGGAACAGGUGGUGUGCAGGUUAAGGAUGGAUUCCCCAGCACCAGGGGUUAGGAGAUGGUAAAUGGGGUUCAUCCCAGGGAAUACUAAGAGGGAGGGGCACAGGCAAGUAGCCCCACUUUGUGCCACCCUGGGCCCAUCAUUGCCUUCUUCAGGAGAAGCCAAAGGAGGGGAAAGACAGGGUGCAUCUCUCCCAGGACCCCGGCCCAAUCACGUACAACCCCCACUGCCAUGCCUUGCAGGGCUCUCAGCAUGCUGUGGGAAAAGCACUUCCUUAUCCUGAAUCACCUCGUUACUCGCACUACAUAAGUAACGAAGGCAUCACAGAAAGAGGGGAUAAUGCCGGGAUGCAGAGCUCUGGACUGUGAUUCUGUGAACUCCUGCACCCCCUCCUUCCCUUCAUCCAAACAAGGCCCUUUGGCGUGAAUAAUAGCUCAGCGGCCCCGAAGCCCGUAUUGAUCGGCUGCACACGUGGCUCCACUGAGAACUGCCUGGACUUUUCCUGGGGGCAGGAUGGGCACUGCUCAGUGCAGCCUGCCUCCCCCCCCCACCAGCCUCCCCCAGGUGUGCUCAGGAGGGGACAGUACGGGGGGAGCUAAGGCCCUUCUCCAGCUCAGUGCUUUGUUGCCUCAACUUUUUGUUUUUAACUUAUCUUGCCAGGAAAAGGACCUGCGUUGGAGAGAAAUGUUUUUUGCAUGAUGAGGCCCCACAGAGUUGAGAAUGAAUAUAUCCUCGGGCUCCAGCCUUCUCCAAAAGGUUCUGCCACAGACCCAGGCCACAGAGGCAUCCUCAGCUGACACUUACAGAGGCCUGCUGUACGCCAGGCAUUGGGCUGAGCACUUUGGCAUGCUGUACUGCAUUUUCCUGUUAACUUUCUGUCUUACACCAUCAGAAGGGAGAGGAGCUGAGAACGUGGCUAGAAGCCAUCACUCCCUUGGGGGAUGGGAGCGGUUGCUAAAUUCAGUGGAGAAGCGUCAGCCAUAGGCUGGUGAACACACAGGGACUGAAGCCUGCCAGCCCUCUGCCCUGAGGCUCUGACCACACCAUCCCCUUCCCUUGGUCCCUUCUCUUCUGGAUACGGAAAGUGGCCAAGGCCUUAAUCCUCUGAGGGAUGUACAAUUGGAAGGUCAGCCAGGCUCCUACACGGGUGACACCCUCCAGGCUGGGAGAUAACCUGAAAUCCCAAGUUUGAAGAUUCACUCCUUUGGUUUCUCACCUUGAACCCUGUGAAAAUGAAGAUCCAUUUUCCCCUAGGCAGCUUCAGCCCCAUCAGCCACUGAUCCCUCUGGGUGAACUGAAUUCCUGGGGGAGAUUUUGGUUUUGGGGGAGGAGAGACCCCCUACUCAAGGCAACCAGUGGUGGUCUUUGGGAGAAGGGAUGCAAGGGAAAGGGGCCUGGGUUCCCUGCGACCAGCUCCCUGGAGCUUUCUCCUGGGGUCAGCUGCCCUUUGGGUAAUGGAUGGGUUACUGGGGACACAGCCUUGCCCUAGGAGCCCACACAUACCCUGGCCAGGGUGCAGGGCUGCUCAGGCUGUUUAAACUUGAGGGGUCUGAGAACACAUGGGCUCUGCCAAGGAGAGGCAACUGGUCAAGGGUCCUCUGGCACAUCCCACAGCAGUGCCCUUGCUGAGGAGGAGCAGGGAGAGCAGGAAGGCGAGGGUGGCGUUGGAAGAGUUAACCUUGGGGUCCAGCAGCUAGCUUCCCUCCAUGAGCUGUGCCAGCCUCGUCUUGUCCUGGCCCUGCUGAGAGCGAGAGGAGGCCGAGACCACUGCAGCACACCGUGUGGCAUUUGGGGAAGGGCCCCAAAUAGAUCAUUUAUGCCCUCAGCAGACCCUCCCCACACCGCCCCAUCCGGGGGUCUCGGCACAGCGGAGACAUCGUGACCAUCAGCACCUGGCUCUUCUUAACUACCAUCUUCUCUUCUUCAUCCAAGCCCACCCCUCUUGAGAAAUUACAGAGCGAGGAGACCCAGAUGGCUUCCACGAGCUCAGUAUUGUCCCCAAGACUUCUAAAUCAUCAAACCUUUCCCUGUUAGAAGCAUGAGAGGUGUAAUCAGAUUUAUUCAUCUAGUCAGUAAAUAUUUAUCGAGUAUCUACUCAGUUCCAGGCCCCAAAGACACAUGGUGAAUGAGAUAGAUAAGACAACGAGUAAGACAGUCCCCCAGCCCCAGGGCUGGAGGUCAGAAAGCUGUUUUCAUUCCCAGUGUCCUGACUUGCUGUCUGAUCUCAGGCAAGUCCCCCUGAGGUCUAGAAAUCACAUGGUGAUGCCCCUGCCUCUGCCGGCAUCCACCGCUGGCCCUGAGAAGAAUGCCCCAUCUCCGUGAACUGCUUGGCCAGGCCCUACCAAACGCAGUGCUGUGUGUUCUUUCCUCCCUGCACUUUCCAUGGCCACAUUUGCAAAAUUGCCCCAUGAGUGCGUGACUAGGGUUGAUGCAUGCAAGUAAGUGAGUCCCCAUCAGCACCAGCCCCUUGUCCAGGACCAGCCCAGGAGAGGCAGGGGACAGGAAUGGGGACAUUUAGACUGGGACUGACUUGGAGGAUUUUUUUUUUCUUUGCUACUUAUUAAAUGAUAAAGGUUUGACUUAGCAGGCAAUCGGAAACCCAAAAUAUCAUAAAAGGGAAAAACGCUGCCGAAUAGCUAAGAGGUGCACCACGGGAGUGUCGCUGGGCUCGGCAGCAAGUGAAUUGCUGAGCGAAUGGAGCGGGAGACGUUUUUCAAAGGCUUCUCGCUCCUUCUUCUCCUCUCUCUGUCCCCCGUGUGGAAAGGAGAAAAUAGAAGCAGAAUCCAGAUUGGGGCACGUGGGUGAUUUGGUCACCACCCCCCUCCCCCGCCAUCAGCACCCCCAGACAGUGGAGAAACUUUGAUGUCUGGGUGCGUGGCAUUUGGGGACAGGGGACAGGAGGAACCUGGGCACCCCAGCCUCUGGACGGGCCUCCCUCAGCUCCUUUGUGAGGGGAGAUGAAACCCACAAAGCCUGAGAGAGCGGGGUUUUCAAAUGAGGACACAUGAGAUCAGAGUCCCUUGAGCUCUGUGCCGGGCCACCUUGGUGACAGUUGGAUGCAAAAGCCAAUAAAGCAGAUGAGCUCAGAUUCGUGGAACCUUUGAGCUGUUAUGGGCGUUAGGGGCCGUGUAGGCACACCGGCUCAUUUUCAGAUAGGGAAACAGGGCUCAGAGAAGGAAUGAGACUUGCUCAAGAUCACCCAGCAAAUCAGUGGCAGGGCCAGGAGUAGACUCCAGGUCUUCAGCCUCCAGCUAGGCUUCUCUUCUCUGCACAAGGAGGUGUAACUUCAAACAGCACCACAUUCUGGAAGCCUGGCCUCCUUGGUAGUGUGGCCUUCACACCACGGGGGCUAAAGUUCCUCACUUACAUUUUUUAAGCCAACAUGUACAGAAGAACUCAGUUCUAUCCCUAUUGGCUAUGAUCAUUUUUUUCCCUGAAUGUCUGAUCUUUGCUCUUUUGAGAAAUUGGCAGGGGACACGCUGGGUCUCUCCUCAGCUGAGCUACUGACAUCAUCUGGGAAGAGCAUGUCUGUUCUCAAGCCCCUGAAAUCUCUUCUGACCCACCACCAUCACUAGACACCCCCCGCCACCAAAGGAAUCUUGUGAGAAAUAAUUAAAUAAUAUUUAGAGCCCCCACCCUGACGCUGAGCCCAAAGGGGACUCCCAGAAAUGCCUUGGCAGCUGAUGCUAAGAGGAUGCUGCUUUAGAACUGGCGGGGGAGCCCUGAAAAUGUUCCUGGGUCCUGGUGGUUGUGGCCACAGUGCAUUCGCACCCAGGAACGGCCUGGCAGGGAGACACCAUGAGGCUUUAGUCUUUUCCAAAGUCUGGCAUCUUCCAUGCUGAGUUGGGCUUCAGAUACCCAGAGCUCUGGGCUCUGCUGUGCCACCAGCCUGACAUGUGGCCUUAUGCGUGUCAUGCCCUGCUCCAGGCUUCAGUUCCUCAUCCAGCAAACAGGAAAGUCUCAGGAAGGAAGGUCUCUGCCAGCUCCAGUCAUCCAUGGCAGUGGAAAGGGUACGCUCCCUACAAAGCCAGGGCCAAGGGCCUGGGGGUAAUAUGGCAGCCUUUGGUAUGUAGAACCUCCCUAGAAGACCAGGAGACUUGGCUGCUGAGCUUCUGAGUGGUCUUACAUGCAGGGCUGGUGUCAUGGGCCUGUGACCAGUGCAGUCACACAGGGCACUGCACUCAGAAGGGCACCAUGCUUGGGGUUUAAUGCUCUGCAGUUGCUGUCUUGAAAUUCUUAAUAAUGUUAUCUUUGUAAUUGUGUUUUGUAAAUGAAGUUGAGUGGAACAAUGGACCUUGAACCGGGGGCUUGGAGCCUCAGCUCACGCGCAGUCCUGCCUGCCACCACCUUCCUGCUUCUGGGGUCCCUUUCUCAGCUGCUCGCGCCUCUGCCCCCUGGAACCCCAAUUCUACAAGGUCUUCUCAUCCCCACCCCCACCCAGCAACUGCUGCCAACCUGUCCCCAACCUAGGCACAGGCAUGGGGAUGGUCUGGGUCGGGCAUGCGCACCCCACAGCAUCUUGGGCUGGGGCAGGGUGAUUGCCCUCCCCGCCCUAGGCUGGCAGCAUCUGGGUGCAUUCAGUGGAGAACUCAGCGGGGACGAGCCUUUAAUCCACCCCUGAUCUAGGUGCUGAGUGUACCUAGUGCCUCCUGGCACGAAGAUUGCAGCGCCCAUCUGCUGAAGGUUGGGCCAGGGGGCCUGUGGAAGGCGGAGAUGCCUGCAUCGACCUCCUGCCCCAGGCCUGGGGCACAGCAUGCCCGUCCAGCCACUGGGGAGGAAAGGAACCUGGCUGCCAGGCUCGAGGGCAAGUGCAUGCCCCAAGUCACGAGGCAGGGCCCAGCACCUGUGGGGUCUGCACUCCCCCUUGGAGAAUCCCCACGCUGAAGGAGCACCCCAUUGGCCAGCUCCAUACUUAGAGGAACCCUCUCUUCCUCUUCUGAUCCUCCUGAGUCUGGCUUGACUCUUCUAGGCAGUUCGAGGCACCCUCUUGUGACGAGCCCCGAAAUGCGGUGUAUAACUUUAGUGAUUCCACACACAUGUUAAAUAUUCUAUUUGCCCUUAAAACCAGCAUUGCACAGUAUAGAAAUGAAUGAUAUAAUUCAUGCUAAUAACUUAAAAUUUUGACUUUACUUCCAAUGACAUUAACUAGGAAAUUUUAAACAUCAUGACAAGUCAAGAGAGAGAGAGACCAGGGAAGAAAGGAGAAAGCAUUUUUUCUUGCCUUUUGAACAAGGGGCUGCACGUGUUCAUUUUGCUUUGGAUCUCUCAAAUUAUGGAGCCAGUCCUGCCUGGGUGAGUCACUUUCCCUCUUGGGCACCAAUUUCUCUAUCAGGAAACCAGACUGUUAACAUUGUGCUUGCCCCUCCCUGGCUCACGGCACAUUAUGAACAUGCACUUGGAUGAAAUCCAUGAAAGAUUUAGAAACAGUGUGUGGUGCCACUUCUCGGCUUGCUGCCACAGCCCUUGUUUCUUAAAAGGAGGUUCAGCCCCCCUCACAGAGGCUUAACCACCGUUGUCAAGUCAGUCUCUCCCCCAGGUAUUCUCCUGAGGAAUUAUGAGCUGGAACUGAAGCCCCGGUCUGAAAGCGCCGCCGCCGCCCCCCCCCCCCCCCCCCCCCACAACUCCACCGUCCAUACAGAGUAGCGGCGUAAGCACCCAGAGAGAUUUAAUUUGGAAUCCAGGCAAGUUGUGACAUGGAAAGAUGUCGGCUGGCUCGAAGGGCCUCAUAGUAUGAAAAGACCAGUCAUUGAUCUCUGCAUCCGUCCAUUUUAUUGUCCAGUGAGGCCCAGGACUCCAGAGCUCAGUACAAAGGUACCAGCACUGAGGAGGGUGGGUGCCAACCAGAUUUGGGUUGAGGGUUGUCAUCCUCUUGAGAGUGGUAAAAAUCCUGAUUCCACUUACACUUCCAGGGGGAAGAUAUCUCCAUUUCAGGAUUGUUUCCAUAGCUACCAUCACGGAGGGUUCAAGUGCAGCCUUCAGUCUGCCUUGUCUGACCUUUGAGGACUCAACUGUCCAAAGGUCGAGUGGGUCCAAAGUAGCAGCCUGUCAUAUUCUAUAAAAGUGCUGUCACUUUAAGAUAACAUUUAUGGAAUGUAUGAAUGAAUGAGUCCGUUUAGAUCAAGUUGCCUCAAAUGGAGUCCAAAUAUUAAAUUACACACUCAACAAAGUCAUUUCAGGAGAGAGAAAAAAUUAGAUGACCCUCAUUCGGCUUCUACAGCUUUUCCUGGAUAGUGGACGAUCUCUCUAUCAUUUUAAAGUUUUGUUUGCUUAUGUGUAUCUUAUUUCACUUCAUUUCAUUUUGAGUAGGGUCUUCUGACUCCAGCUCAACUUUGUCCAGAUAAUUCCUCAGGCCUGAGAGCUGCUCCAAAGUGGGAUUAGAACCCGUGUAAUACAUAGUCGCUUUAAACUGAGAUCUGCUAAUUAAUCGCUCUUCUCUGUGUAACUGAGCGAUAGCGCUCCUUCCCCGAGGAAUUGCAAUUUCAUGGUUCCUAAUGAUGGUGCGAUUACAUUAUCUGGAUCACUUAGACUGUGGGUGUCGGGAGCGGUGCUCGGAGCCUGUCUCGGGGAUGGGCAGAAAUCAUUCCUAAAACCAAGGGGACAAGGAGAAGGAGGGAGAAUGUCUGUUGCUAAUUUCCAUUAAUGUGCUGCUGUUUCUCACAUCUCAUUCAGGCAUUAGUUUCAAGUUCCGAUUCCUCCCAGCUCCACAAUGCCUCCUUCCCCAGAACCUCACAUUUUUUGCUAAUAGACACAGGGUUAUUUUUUGUAAAAACCUAUUUAUUUGCUAUAUUCCACAAAGUAAUUUAUUUUCAUUACAUUUCUUGGAAAUGUGGUUCUACAUAUCAUUAGUACAAGUAAUACAUUUUGAUUGUUGUUUCCUGAACUAACUUGUGUUAUUUGAUGAGUUAAAUAAAAUGCCUAAUUGCAAA